CAAACCCUGUCCAAGCCUCAUCCGUAACAGACACGAAAUAGACCAUGUCAAGCAUUUUCAGCAAGAUAUUCGCCUUCUUCUCGUGGCAAAAGCCACCACCACCCACCUUCCGCAUUACCGCACUCGUUGCACCCGCAACAUCAGAACAGUACCGCUCCAACUCUAGCUUCUCACACGCUGACCUACUCGGUAUCGAAGAAACAAUCACAUUCGAUGUUGACUGCGACGUAAUUCCGGAGCAGAUCCGCUGUAGCUGCCUCACGUCCGGAAACGAAUGCACCGCAAAAUACCUAGAGGAACAUUAUGUGAUGGAGUGGGCUGCUGGUAGUAUCAUGGAGUAUGAGGAGGUGGAAAUUAGAGGCGAAGUAGUGAGGAGAGAGAAAAGAGGACGACCUAGAAUUUGGGAAGGAUGGUGCAAAGAUGGUGGGAUGGUUUAUUUGGGGCCAACGGAGAGAAUGAGGUGUAUUGAGGGUUACGACGAGCAUCUCAGAGAGCAGGCGAAGAUCGACGGAGCCAGGAGGACGAAUAGUUGCGAAUAAUUCUGCAACUUGAUAUCAUUGUGCUGUGCAUAGGCAAGCCGGGAUGUUCGCGGUACCUAUGUAUCGAGUGUCAGCGUAUCGUCGUUAUCACCGACCAAGCAUUGACGAUCGUCUUACACAACGGUUUCGUUUGUCUCCAACAACCCUUUUCACAUCGCGCGUCACGCGCGAACACUGA